UAAAAAAAAUUAAAACUUUAAAGCUGUACUAAGCACCUACCUAUACCUACCUACUAUCAGUCAUCAAUCUUUACUUUAAACAUAGGAAGCAGAAUUAUUUUUAAAAAUGUGGCUGCAUAAGCUUCGAUCUUUGUCUAUCUCCAAAGGACUAAAAAAAAAAAAAAUGCCACCUUAUAUUUUUUCGCGCCUUUGUACGAAAACCAAGGUCAACAACCGUACGAACUUACGUGUCUGGAUUUAAAAAAUAUUCACGCGCCAUCAUGGAGUCAUUGUUUUUGUUUGUCGAAAGAAAUUAAAGUUCAUCCACUCAAUACCUAAUGGGAUUCUAAACUUUUUAUAAUGGUGAUCGGGAUAUUUUGAUUUAUUUAGUGUCUAUGACGAUGUUGGUGCGUGUGUGCGCGGUUUUGUGUGUGUCACUGGUUUUACUUUUUUUUGUAACAUGCAAAGAUCCAAGGGCUGAGGAAGGUUACCCUAGAGGAUUCAUGUCAGUAUGUCCUGGGUCAGAAAAGCCAGCCUCCAUCCCACGAAGUCAGCUAAGGUACCUGUACUUCGUGGUACAAGGCAAGGGUCGCAGCAGACAGAAGUACACCUACUGGGAGGCCAAGAACAUCGCCACCGACCCUAGGGUAGACUUUCGUAGGAAGACCGUGGUAAUUGCCAUCGGUUACUUGGACAGCACCAGCUUCCCCAUAUCCGCGAUGUUCGCCAACGAGUACGAGGCCAGGGACUACAACGUCAUCCUCGUCGACAACCAACGAUUCGCCACCGUGCAUUAUUACUUAGCGUCGCGCCUGAUGCGUCCCGUCGGCAAACACGUCGCGGAAGUUUUGGUCCAACUUACUCGAUCAGGCCUCGACCCUUGCACGACUGAGCUCCUCGGCUUCAGUCUCGGAGGCCAAACCGUCAGCUACAUAGCCAAGAACUAUCAGCAGAUGACCGGCAGGAAUAUCUCAAGGAUAACCGCACUAGAGCCUGCUGGACCAUGCUUUAGAACUUUAUCAUCUAAAGAGCGGUUGGAUGCUUCAGACGCUGAUUUCGUUCAAGUCAUCCACACAAAUAUAGACGGUUAUGGAAUGGCUACCCGAAUGGGACACGUGGAUUUCUACGUAAACGGAGGUGAAUUCCAACCAACAGAUUUAAACUUCCUCCCUUGUAGUUCAACAUGCAGCCAUUUUAGAGUUCUGACCUACUGGUUAUCUGCAAUGAAGAACCCUGACCAAUUUAUUGGGAUAAAAUGUCGUAGCGUCCAGGAAGCGAGAGAUGCUACAUGCUAUGAUAAAGCUCCUCAAUCGAUCAACGUAAUGGGGAUUAAUGUAAACGUCCACAAUGACGGUAUAUUUUAUUUAUCUACAAGUAAAACAUACCCGUACCAUUUGGGGAAAAAUGGCUUGAAAGCCGAAUACGUCUUUUGGAGGCAAAUCAGCCACGUGAAUGACGGAAAUGAAACAGAAGUGUAUACGUGAAGAUAUCCUAUUUAGUAUAUAAUUUACUAA